AUGCUGCUGCAUGCAUUUUUCUGUUGCGGUGCCCUCGCAGUCGUUAUAUUUCCCUCUGAAAUACUCUGUAGUCAUUAUGGAGACAUCAAAGUGCUAAUUGGAGGCGUUCGGACUGGCAAAGUUGGAGAAAUAACAACAUUCAACGCUGUGGUUGUCACAAAACCUGACGCAAGGACAAGUCUUAAUGCGAGCGAAAGAGUCAAUUUCGAGUUUUCUUGGAAAGUUUCUUCAAAGCCAUGGGUAAUUUUGAAACACGAAAGAACUGCACGAAGAUGUGAUAACUUUCAGUGGCGGUGGACUGAAGCGGGGGAUCAUACGGUUUUUGUUUAUGUGCGAAUUCUUGAUGGGAAUGGCAACGAUUUAGCGCGUAAACAAAGACCCCUCACAGGAUACAGUUCAUAUUUCGCUACAAACGAGACAAAGGUCACAGUUAGAGAAUCUGAUGGUGAGGUUCUAUCAACUCUUCAAAUGUGAAAGUCAGUCUAGCCUUUUAUCAAACCCUAUUACGUAAAAGCGUGCCUUGAAAAGUAAGUUUUUGAAAAUACCAGGAAGUACAGAGAUCACUUAAGCCCCCGGCUCUUAAUGACAGCCCUGGAUCCCAUACAUUUACUUUAUUUUGUAACGGUCGCACUUGGCUUGAUUCAAGUGAUCGGUAGAAAUGCUUUAUCACACACAGAAUUUUGCACCUUUCUAUCCCAAAUGUUGAUAUAAUGUAAGAAAAAUGAAUAAAGAUAACUACGGUAUGUUUUUAGUGUUGUGUUCUGCAUUUUUGUGGCAUUUUGAGUUGCUUGAAAAUGUUGAUAUAGUGUAUGAAAAAUGAAUAAAGAUAACUGCCAUAUGUUUUUAAUGUUGUGUUGUUUGCUUGAAAAUGCCACAAGAAUGCAGAACACAACACUAAAAACAUACGGUAAGUUAUCUUUAUUUAUUUUCUUACAUUAUAUCAACAUUUGGGGUCAAAAGGUGCAAAAUUCUGUGUUUUAUGAAGCAUUUCUAUCGAUCACUUGCAUCAAGCCAAGUGCGGGCAUUGCAAAAUAAAGUAAAUGUAUGGGAUCACAUGUCGCGUGACAUCACAAUGUCUCAAAUAGUUUGGAUGGUACGCAUGUGAUAUUUUCAGAAACUUAUUUUUCAAGGGAUGCUUUUCAUAAUACGGUUUAGUAAAAGACUGACUUACCAAACAAGUUCAAAGUCGCUCUUCUUCCUGGCCCAUAUGAAUGACCUUCUUUAUCAUGUGACAUACCCAUGACACACACCUACAGCUAUAUGACACAUUCAGUCCAGACACUUCCCCUGGUUUCCUCAUUUCCUUCUUGGAGAGGACUUUUUUUUGAUGGAGCCCUUCAAUUAUGCAGCCACAAGUUUAAUUUGUUGUUGGACAUCAGAUGAAUAAAUUUUGUCCUUCAACAUUUCUUAAUUUGUGUUUUGUUUUGUUUACCGUUUUUGUUUUGUAAAUACACACUGCUGAUUGAAACCAUCUAUGCAUGAAUAGUGAAAAGAAAAAAAAAAUUCCAGCUUUGAAUAAGUUUUUAGGCAUACUAGUCCAAAUAAAUUUCUUCAAGACAACAUAUUAUUGUCCCUUUAGUAGCUAUUAUAUGAACACAGUGUUUCCAGCAUCAGUCUAAAAAGACUUGAAAAUAAUAUGUGACUUGUUUCUUGAUGUCUAGAUAUUGGACAAAAACACUGUAUCUCAUUUUUGAGAUUAUUAUAAUUUAGGUUUGGUGGAAAAUGAUUUUCAUGAUGUAUGUUGGUCUCUGAAUACAGGUGAGGACAAGAUUAUUGCAACUUUGGUUGCAUAUCAGAAUGCUUCUCUUAAAGGAGAUCAGAACAAGCUUUAUGUCGGAGCAGUGACCUUGGAGGUCAUAAUUCCCAACUUUCCACACCAAAAUCUUAGCAAUGUCACCUAUGACUGGAAUUUUGGUGAUGGAACAAACUUCACAAGCUCUCACUUGCAGAAAGUGAUUCACAAUUUUACAACAGUCAAAUCUUGUACAAUAGUGGUCAAUCUUCAUGGAUGGAUUCAGGGCAAGCUUUACAAAGGAAAGGCCAAUAAAACAUUGCAAUUUAAAGGUAUGUUUUUCUUUCGCAAUGUCUAGACCAGUUGUCUCCUUGUCUGUUUUUACAUAGCUGGAGAUUGCUUGCCUUGAAGUGAUAAAUACAUGUAGCUUAUCUUUACUUGGUGUGCAAACUGGAAUAAUAUAACAUCAGCUGUGAACUAACAAGAGGGAGCUCAUAGGGGCUAUUAUAUGUUUUAUGAGUUGGUAACAAUAUCAAUAAUCAACAAUAAAAAUUAAUACUUAAUACUUUAUUGAUAUUUUCAUUAACUCCCCAUAUUGCAUUAUGGAUUUGAGGGGCUUUCAGAAGGGGAUAUUGGAUUAUAGCCUGCGUCGCAGAUGUAAUGGAAUAGGUCAUUUUCAAAUUGCCUUAAUCCUUUGUUUCAAAGUGAAGCUAAGUGCAAAUUAAGCCAUGGAAAUGAAAAAGAUGUUUUAUUUUCAUGAAAAUAUAACUCAUUUUCUUAAGAAAGGUUGUGCACUAACCCUUGUUUUAAAAAAUAAGAUCUUUUGUAAACUUGUACUUGUAAAAUGGCCUGUUGUAUGGUCUAUAAGUUCAUAAAACCUUUUCUUCUUUUCAGGUGAUAUUCAUCCCCACCUGGUGAUCAAAUGUUCUUCUGGGCCUAAGCUUCCUUCUAAUAAUCAAAAUGCGUUCCCUACAGACAUUCCUCUUGAGUUUGAAGUAAAUUUUAAAGAUCCUUAUAAUCUAAUAACAGGAGUUUCCACUGACUGGAAAUUUGGUGAUGGUUCCAAAUCUGUGCUAAGGUGGUGCAAAAGAACAAUUUUCCAUACAUUCCUCAAAGAAGGAAAAUAUUGCAUUUGGUUAACUGUCAGAGUUAAUACUAAGUUUCUGGGAAAGAAAUCAUUUUCAGUUAAAAGGGAUCUCUAUGUGAAAGGUUGGUAGAUGUGCGUCACAAUUUUUGCAAUGUAAAUUUUUUUUUUUAUGCAAUCGCAUUUCUAUAAAAUGUAACAGUUUGGAGAUAUUCCAGACUCUUCUACCUGUUAUCAUUGCCUCUCGUGCACUGCCGGUCAGAGAGUUUGCACUUUUGGUAAUUAUUCUGUUCCCUAUUAGCCUGUGCUUUUCACUAACAAGCCAAAUGAAAUAUGAUGAUGUGCAGCAAAUUGGUAGUUUUUUGAUGUUGCAGAUGGAUGCAAUUAUCACCAAAUGUAAUACAAAAGAUUGAAAAAGACACGGAACAAUAACCCAUGUACCAAAAACAAAAGUGAACCAACAAUAGUUUUCACAAUACGAAGAAACACCGCACCAAAUUAAUGCUUUGCUGUUUAUGUUACAGAUCCUGUAUACCUUAAAGUGAGACACAGACAUCUUGAACAUAAAGACAAGACAGUGAGAUUUAACAUUUCUUGCAAUGGAAGGCAAGUUAUUUUUACUACAAUCCUCUCCGACACUUGAGUGUUUUGUUCUCAAAUCAGCUAACCAGGGUUCACAGACCAGUGGCGGAUCCAAGGAAGGGUCCCUGGCGCCCCCUUAUUUUUAAACCAAACUGAAGCCUGAAGGGCCAAAAAAAAAAUUGGGGGGACCGUGUCCUGCCCCCCUUAUCUCAGGGUCCUGAUGACCAGUCCCCCCCUCAUCUAAAAAUCUGGAUCCGCCACUGUAGACUUAAAAAGAGGAAGAGUUUUAUAAUUCCAUUUUAAUACGUGAGGAACAUUUUAAUAUUUUUAAACUGGAUUUUUUGAUUGCCAAAUUAUUUGGCAUUACUUUGCAGUGAUGACUGUUUGUCUAUUUGCCAAUACAUGGGUAAAUCUAUACUGAAAGUGGUAAAACUACUUUAUAUUGCUCUACAAUUUCUACUAGAACAAUUAUUGCAAUUAACAUCAUGUUUAAUGCUAUGAGCCUACCUGUGUUAUACUGAGUAAGUUAUAGUACCUUUAGUCAGAUCAUUACCAGAGUUGGCUUCACUGAAGUAAUUUUCAGGUGUAGCUUUUGUUUUGAGUUUGAAAACAGCAUUUUAGCUUCAGGACUAGUAAAUUAUGCUUGCGUAAAGUUUAUUCAGUAUUGACCCCAGUAGUGUUGUGAUCUUUGUUUUUAACUAAGUGCAAAUAUUUAUCCUAAGCUGCAAAUAAUGUGUCAGUGUUAUCGACACUCAUCUUAAUUUCAUUUCUGUUAUCUUUCUCAACAGUCUUCCUGUUUCCUUUCACUGGUGUGUCACCAAACAAUGCAAUCUUCCCCCGGGUGAAAUAUGCAGUCCUAUGAUGGAGUACAGAAACUCUUGUAGUUUAAUAGUGAAUCACAGAUUUAAUGAUGCUGGCCAGUAUUGUGUUAAUAUUGGAGUAAUGAAUGAUGUCAGUGGUACCAACACAUCUCUUAUGGUACAGAUUCCUGGAGGUAUGUUACCUGCAAAGGGUUCUUGCACAAACAUUGUGCCAGAAUGGGCACAUUUUAAACUGACUGGGUCGAGUAUCAACAAGUAAAUUUAGUGAGGGGAGAAAUGAUUAUGGACAUUCACGGUUUCAGCCUUGCUAUCUUGAUUUCCAGUAGUUAACAAUAUUCCUACUACCAAGCUGUAGAUCAAUGAUAGUACUUGUAGACUAAAAUUUCAGACUUAAAUAAUGUACAAAGGUUGAAGGAACACCUGUCCAUGUUCAUGUGGCAGACGCCUCUAAAGUUUAUGUUAUGUUAUGACAUCUGACUGGAUUGAGCAACGAUUUUACAUGGAUGUUUGAAAAAAGAGUACAUUUACAACUGUCAUCUUCUACUUAGAUUGCACUUUAUUAUGAAGUUAUUGAGAACUCCUUGCAGAUCAAAUAGAUCAAGACAGCAUUCUGUAAUAUUUUAUCAACAAGUGAUAACUCAAAACAUCUAUCAUGGUCUCAUGCCAGGAGCAGAUUUUUUGAUAAGUUAUUGGAUAUACUUAAAUGGUAUUUGCAAUGAGCUAUAAGAGUUAAAGCUAAAAGAGUUGUCUGUCCUUCUUAGGUGAUAUCCCAGUUCCUAAACACAACCACAGAAGAACAUCUUUAACAGGAAUAAUUGUAGCACUCUUUGUCCUGUGCAUCUUAUUGAUUGUUGUAGCUGUGAUUGUGGCUCGAAAGUGGAUUUAUAGUAAAAGAAAAAAGACAGAAAAGGCUGACUUUGAAUUCAGAGAUCUGGACGCCUUGAGUGUGUCUUCAGUGGAAUUGUAUGGAAGGAAGACUUGCUUUGGAAGAUGUGGAUCAAUUUGGGGGUCACGUAAAGCUGAAGAAAGAAUGCCUCUUUUUAGAGACACACAGUUGUAUACACUCUAA